AUGCCGCUCCCACCUGAGUAUGAGGGAGUGCCUCCUGUGCCUGUAAAUGAAUCCCCAGAGGCAAAAAGACAUGCAGCAUGCGACGAGUGUAGAAAGCGGAAGCUCAAAUGCUCCGGAGAGCCGACAGGAUGUUCGCGAUGUACCAAACAGUCACUCUCUUGCAACUAUUCCAUACAAAAACAGAUGGGCCGACCGCCUAAGAAACGGACACGGACAGAUGAUGAGGGGGUCGACUUCCCACCGAUAUCUGGGGCUGAAAUUUGGCCAAGUCCAGAGGACUCGCAACAAUCUUCAUCAGGAAUGAGUCCAAGCAUAAGCAAUUUCCCAGAUGCUGAUCAUCUUUGUCCACAAUUCUUCUGGCGGCCUGGUACCAACACGAAUUCACCACAGUCCCAGCCUGCAGAUCUAUUGUCAGGCUAUGAUGACCAUAACCAUACCUGGAAGCCAGACCUUUUGAAACCACCAAACCUUCCUGUCUUCCCGUCAUCUUCUCCCUGGCCAGAUUUCUCAACUGUCUCUGAAGCCACGGCUAUGCCAAUGCCAAUGCCACUGUCGUUGCCAUUUCCUAUCCCUACACUUUUUCCACCCUCGCCCUCCCUCCCGCUCUCACCUGCCGCCUCCGUUUCCUCCGACUCCGCAACACCUGGGUGUACGUGUCUGUCAUAUCUCUACCUAAGCCUCAGCCAUAUGACAUCACUAUCAUCUUUCCCCGUCAACUCACACACUCUAUGCUCGCUAUAUAUCGCUGCACGGACAGCGCGAGACGUGAUCCGCUGCCAAGUGUGUCCUAAGGCCUUCUCAACGGGGUUUCAAAAUAUCAUGUUCCUAGGGACUCUAUUAACAGUUGUCGCGGACUCGUGGCUGCGCGUCUCGCAAGCCGACGCUACUGAACUGGGGAUGCAGUCUGCGCCUCCACACUUCUUGUCUGAGGCGCAUCAAAGCCCUGACCCUACCCAAGUUUGGAAAUCAUGGCUUCGACAGGUGGUUCGCCGCGCUGUCAUUGGUGGUCCCAUCGGGCCAGGUGCUAUGAUCCCUUGUUCUGAGCAGCCAGACCUACUGUCUAUGAUUGGCGAACUCGAAGAUCGGCAACGCCGCUGGCAUGAACCUGGGCAACAUCCACUUGGAAAAAACCAACCUGGACAGUGGAACACAGUGUCCUCCUUCUCGGAACCAUAUCAGUCACAGGAUCAGGAUGGGCCCGGUGAGAAUAAAUUUUUAUGCCUUCGUUUGAUUAAAAGUUCUAGGGAAGUGAUCGCUAAAUUCAACUUCGAUCCUUCGGAAUAUCCCGAGGGCGUUGAGCCGAUCAGUGCAGGCAACAACACACAUAUGGGUGCACAUCAUGCAUGA